GUAUGCCAGUCAAAAUCCAAAACAUUUCAAUUUUAAACAAAUUCACAAAUUCGUUAAAAUAUUUUUCUAAAAUGUUUAAAUGUUUUCACCUGAAAGUUUUGAGUGCAAGAAAUACUUCAAGUUCAAGGCGCUGUUUAUCAGUCUUUUCACAAUUAUUGAUGCAGUCAUCUGAAAUCGAGCUAGUGGAAAAAAAUUCCAAACAAAUUGAAGAAAGCCUAAUCAAAUCACUGAAUUCAACUACAAAAAAAUCUUUACUGGAGCCACUAUCUGAUUCUGAAGAUAUUUCUCACAUUUCAACUUAUUUGAAACCAACCUACCCUAACUUUGCUGCCUACGCAAAUAAUUCUGAAGUUUUACAGGAAUUAAUUAAGCUAGAUGUUAAUUUGCAUUACAUAGAGAAAAAAUUAACUGAAGCAGUACCAUUUAUCUUAAAACUAAACUUUGAAGAUAUUAAAGAUCACAUAUUGUUUCUAAAUCAAUUGGGAAUGAAGUUUGAAGACAUCGGGCAACUUAUAACUAAAAAUCCUUUUAUUUUUAAAGAAAAACUUGAAGAUUUGGAUGUACGAAUCAAUUAUUUGAAAUUUAAAAAGUUUGAUGAGAUAAUGAUUCUGAGAAUUAUAAGCAAGAAUCCUUUUUGGCUCAGUUACAGCACUCAAGAUAUAGACAAAAAACUAGGAUUUUUUCAAAUGAACUUCAAGCUAGCAGGCCAUGAAGUGCGCUUGGUGGCAACCAAAAAACCUCAACUAAUAACACAUGAACAGGAAAAAGUUAAAUUAAACAUGUUUGUAAUUAGAGAUGAAAUGGGCUUUACUAUAGAAGAUAUGAAGGAAAUGAUUUUAAAAACACCAAAAUUAUUUAUGAGUGGACAACAGAGAAUGCUCAAGUGCUUUGAAUAUCUCCACAAUGAAAUGGGAAUUUCCCAUCUUCAAAUAUUAGAAGAGCCCCAAAUAUUGACUUGUAGAGAAAACCGAUUGAAAGCGAGACAUCAGUUUUUGAAAAAAUUAGGCAGAGAUCAGUUUGAUAAUAAAAAGCCUAAUUUUGUUAAUUUGUUAGAAAUGGUGAAAAAUACUGAUGGGAUAUUUGCAGUUCAAGUGGCUAAAAGUAGUGCUGAAGAAUUUAAUUUGUUUUUAAAGUCAAUGUAGAAUUUGUAGGUAACUGAAAAUAGAAUAUUGAAUUAACCUGUAACUACAAAAUUUUAUAAAUUAUCUGAACAAGAGGUGUUCCACUCAUGAGGGCCAAAUUUAUAGUCGCUCCUUGAGGUUUCCUCAGGUCUUGAUUCUUGCACAAAGCCUUGAAUAUUUGGGAUUGAUAUGACAAUGAAUUUUUGCGACAAAUGUAGUUCAUCCAAGGACGAACUAUAGUUCAUCUGUGACGUCAUGAGUUUGAACGCUGGCUAGAAACUGCUUCCGUCAAACUACGUUCAAAAUGACGUCAUAAGUUUCUCGCCAAAGCGUUUCUGUUCAUGAAAUCAUGGAAGUAGUUCGUCGCAAAAAUUCGGUUAAGUAUUCAUUCUAAACUCAGGAACUUAUGACUUUCAUGAAAGUCUUGUCAAGGAACGACUAUAAAUUCGGCCUUAAAUGUAUGUACUAUUGUAAAAAGAAAAUUAUUGUAUAUCAAUAUGUACUGUGACUUGUGAGGUACUUAGUGUGAUGUUUUUAUUAACAUGUGAUAAAUAAAAUUCCGUUUUGUGAAAAUGAUUUGUUUAUAGGACCAUUAUAU